AUGGGUUUAUCCUUGUGUUUCUUCUCAUUUAUAUGCUUACUUCUUUGGCUCUCAUUAUUUCAUCUUACACUCCUUCCUCAUUUUACUUCUUCUGUGAAGCCACACUGCCAUGAUGAUGAGCGUUCUUCAUUGUUACAGUUCAAGGAAAGCCUAAUUAUCAAUAAGUUCGCUUCUUCCGAUCCUUCUGCUUAUCCCAAGCUUGCAUCCUGGAAGGCUAAUGAUGAUUGCUGCUCAUGGGACGGCGUCACUUGCAAUAAGGUUACUGGUCAUUUGAUUGGGCUUGACCUCACCAAUAGUUGCCUUUACGGUUCUAUCAACUCUAGCAGUAGUCUCUUUCACCUUGUCCAUCUCGAAUGGCUUAUCCUUGGUGAUAAUGACUUCAAUGGCUCAAAAAUCCCGUCUGAAAUCAAGAACCUUUCCAGGUUGUCAUGUCUUGACCUAUAUAAUUCUAGUUUUUCUGGUCAAAUACCAUGGGAGGUCCUAGAGCUCUCAAAUUUGGAGACUCUUGACUUAACAUUUAAUUUUAACUUGAAGAUCCAAAAGCCAAGUCUAAGAAGCCUAGUUGAGAAGUUAACUCACCUCAAAGUCCUAUAUCUUGGUCAUGUCAAUAUUUCUUCUCCGAUACCUGAUAUCUUGACAAAUUUAUCUUCAUUGACUGCCUUAUCUCUCAAAGGGUGCCAAUUGCAAGGUAAAUUCCCUACAAAGAUAUUUCAAUUACCCAACCUUCGCAUUCUCAGCAUGCGGUUCAAUCCAAAUCUCUCGGGCUCCUUGCCAGAAUUUGAAAAGAAUAGCCCCCUUGAAGAAUUGAGAGUUGAGCAAACGAGAUUUUCAGGUGAGAUUCCAUAUUCAAUAGGAAAUCUUAAUUCCUUACAAAUCCUGGAUAUGAGUAAUUGCAGUUUUUGGGGAUCAAUUCCGCCUUCACUUGGUAAUCUUACCAAGAUCACUCUUCUUUACUUAAAUCGGAAUGAAUUUUCAGGUAAGUUACCAGCUACCAUUGGAAAUCUUGCUUCUCUAGAAGAACUGAACCUUUCUUAUAACAAUUUUUCAAGCCAAGAUUUUCGUUCAUUGUCAUGGAUGGCCAAGUGUAGUAAACUUACUUUUUUAGAGCUUUCACAAAUCAACCUUUACGGUGAAAUUCCCUAUUGGCUCAUGAGCCUAACACAGGUUACCUAUUUAUCUGUGAGCCACAACGAAUUAAAUGGUACAAUCCCUUCUCAAAUUAGAAACCUAACGAAACUUAAACAUCUUGCACUUGACUCAAAUCAAUUACAAGGCCCAUUUCCUAGCGCUCUUUAUGACCUCGAGACCCUUCAAGAGCUUAACCUUGGUUCAAAUAAUCUAAGUGGUAUAGUGGAUAUGAACAUGCUUUUUUAUCAACUCCAAAAUUUAGAAUCUUUAUCUCUCUCUUCAAGCCAUUUACAAUUGCUCACUGAAAUCGACAGUCAUACUAAAGUUCCAAAAUUUAGGAUUCUUGAAUUGGGGUCAUGCAACCUUACUGAGUUCUCAAACUUCUUGCAGAACCAAGAUCAAUUGACGGAGUUACACCUUUCCUCAAAUAAGAUAGCUGGCCGUAUACCUGGAUGGUUUUUGAAAUUGAGCUCAUUGCAAACCUUGGACGUUUCCAACAACCUUUUGACGGGCUUUGAUUGA